GAGACCUUCCCGGAGAGACAGAGAGAGAGUGUGUAGGCAUGGAGGAGUUGAGGAGCACAGAAAGGAUGAGCUCAAGAGCGACGUCGGAGGAGAACGGACGAGAAGAUGAGAAGGAGUUGUUUGCUUCUCUGAUGAGGCUUCCAACUUUGAAGCAACUUCGGACGGCUAUUCUCAAGUCCGCCGCCGACGACGACUGCAAUGGCGGCGGCGGAGAUAUGGAGAAACGAAAGCUUCAUGAGCUGAAGUUGGUGGAUGUUCGCAAGCUCACCUAUAGCCAGCGCCGAGAGUUCGUCGAGCAGGCUUUUAAAGUUGCUGACGAAGACAACGAACGGCUCCUUAAGAAGAUUAGAGAAAGAAUUCUGCAGGUUGGAAUCCAGUUGCCGACCGUUGAGGUUCGGUUUGAAAAGCUUAAUGUAGAAGGGGAGUGCCGCGUCGGCAGACGAGCCGCACGCACCCCCUUUAACGUCGCCGAUUUGGCCCUCCACAAAAUCGGCGUAAGCCUCACCAAACACACCAAGCUCUCCAUCCUCAAAGAUGUCUCCGGCAUCGUCAGGCCCUCUAGGAUGACGCUCUUGCUAGGCCCUCCCGCCUCCGGAAAAACCACUCUUCUUCAAGCUUUAGCUGGAAAUCUGAACUCCAGUCUCAAGGCAAGCGGCGAGGUUACUUACAAUGGGUACAAGUUCGAUGAAUUCGUUCCCCAGAAAUCUGCGGCAUACAUUGGAGCAAACGACGUCCAUGUGCCAACGAUGACCGUUAGAGAGACUCUUGAUUUCUCUGCUAGGUGUCAAGGCGUCAGAGCCGCUGAUUAUGAACUGCUUAAGGAGCUUUCAAAGAGGGAGAAAGCUGCAGGAAUACUCCCUGACGCAGAAAUUGACCUUUUCAUGAAGGCUACUUCAGUAGAAGGGGUGAAGCAUAGCCUCCAAACAGAAUAUGUUAUUAAGAUACUUGGGUUGGAUAUAUGUGCUGAUACUCUUGUUGGAGAUCAGAUGAGAAGAGGGAUCUCUGGUGGACAGAAGAAGCGGCUCACCACCGGCGAAGUGAUUGUUGGGCCGACAAAAGUCUUAUUCAUGGAUGAAACAUCAACUGGAUUAGACAGCUCUACAACUUACCAGAUUGUGAAGUGCUUGCAACAAAUUGUGCAUCUAGGGGAGGCCACCAUACUGAUGUCUCUCCUCCAACCAACACCUGAGACCUUCAAUCUCUUUGAUGAUAUUAUCCUUUUAAGUGAAGGUCAGAUAGUUUACCAAGGUCCACGUGAGUAUGUUCUUGAUUUCUUUGAAUCUUAUGGAUUUCGCUGUCCUGAGCGAAAGAGCGUUGCCGACUUCCUCCAAGAGGUCAUCUCUCACAAGGACCAAGCGCAAUACUGGGCUCAUCAUGCUCAGCCUCAUCGCUAUAUAACUACCCAAGAGUUUGCUGAUCACUUCUACCAGUUUCAUAUUGGACUGCAUCUAAAAAAUGAGCUCUUAGUUCCUUUUGACAAGACCAGAAAUCACCAUGCUGCGCUUGUCUUUAAGAAGCAUGUUGUCCUAUUCUCAGAACUGCUAACUUCCUCCUUUGCAAAAGAAUGGCUCCUCCUCAGGAGAAAUUUGUUUCUUUACGUCUUCAAGUCUAUCCAGAUCAUUCUUGUUGCAUGCAUCGUCUCAACAGUGUUCUUGAGAACACAGACAGAAGCAGACACGAUAUCUGAUGGCCUUUUGUACAAUGGUGCUCUUCUAUUUGGAAUGAUGUGCAACCUUUUCCAUGGUUUUGUAGAAAUAUCUCUGACCAUUGCAAGGCUUCCAACCUUCUACAAGCAGAGGGAUCUCCUUUUCUAUCCUGCAUCCUGCAUGGACCUUCACUGGACCUUCACUCUUCCAUUAGUUUUUCUGAGGAUCCCAAUCUCAAUGCUGGAGUCCACUUUUUGGGUUGUUAUAACAUACAACAUAAUUGGGUUUGCACCGGAGGCUAGCAGGUUCUUCAAGCAGCUCCUUGUGAUAUUCUUGCUUCAGCAAGUGGCUUAUGGGAUUUACAGGACAAUUGCAGGGUUGUGUAGGACAAUGAUAAUCUCAAACUCUGCAGGAACUCUAUCAAUUUUAUUUUUUUUAAUUGUUGGAGGCUUUUUUCUUCCUAAAGAUUUAAUACCAAAGUAUUGGAUGUGGGGUUAUUGGGUUUCACCACUCACAUAUGGAUAUAUUGCUCUAUGUGUUAACGAAUUUUCAGCUCCAAGAUGGAUGAAUAAAUCUGCACCCGGUAAAAGCAUAGGCUUGGAAGUGCUAGAAACUAUUGACGUCUUCUCGGAAAAGAAGUGGUAUUGGAUUAGUGUUGGUGUUCUAUUAGGCUCUGCAAUCAUUUUUAAUGUCUUUUUCACUCUUGCACUAACCUAUCUCAAGCCCAUUGAAUCGCCCCAAGCAGUUAUAUCAGAUGCAAAAGCAUCAAAUUUGGAAGCAAAUAUAGAGAUGAGGGAGACAUUGAAGGUUAUGAUAGUGAAUGCUGACAAUGAUUCUUCACCUCAAGCUUUACCUAUAAAUGAUGAGGAUAAUAAAAGAGAAAUGAUGGGUUUACAGAAGAAGGGCCAUUCAUAUGAAAGUAUCGAUGCACCAAGGAGUAGUCUUCCAAAGAGAGGGAUGGUUCUUCCUUUUACACCAUUAACAGUUUCUUUUCGUGAUGUAAAUUACUUUAUCGACAAGCCUCAGGACAUUAAAAACCAAGGGGAGGCUAAGGAUAGGAUCCAACUGCUAAAGGACAUUACUGGAGCUUUCCGUCCUGGAAACUUGACCGCCCUAAUGGGAGUAAGCGGAGCAGGAAAGACGACUCUAUUAGAUAUUUUGGCAGGAAGAAAGAAUGUUGGUUACAUUAAAGGAGAGAUAAGAGUUUCUGGUUAUCCUAAGAACCAAGCUACAUUUACAAGAGUUUUAGGUUACUGCGAACAAAAUGAUAUUCACUCUCCUCAGAUCACUGUGAAUGAAUCAUUGAUAUACUCCGCCUUCCUACGUCUUCCUAUAAAUGUUAACAAUGAAGAAAAAAUGAAAUUCAUAGAUGAGGUGAUGGAGCUGGUGGAGCUCACCAAUCUGAAAGAUGCCAUAGUUGGCCUCCCUGAUGUUUCGGGUCUGUCUACAGAACAAAGAAAAAGGUUAACAAUAGCUGUAGAACUCGUUGCGAAUCCAUCAGUCAUCUUCAUGGAUGAACCAACAACAGGUUUGGAUGCAAAAGCUGCAGCCAUUGUCAUGAGAACUGUGAGAAAUAUAGUUGGCACUGGACGAACAAUAGUCUGUACCAUACAUCAACCAAGUAUUGACAUUUUUGAAUCAUUUGAUGAGCUUUUGUUGUUGAAAAGAGGACAAGUCUUAUACUCUGGUCCUCUUGGUCGAAACUCUCAAAAGUUGAUUGAAUAUUUUGAGGCAAUUCAUGCUGUUCCAAAAAUAAAGGAAAAAGAAAAUCCAGCGACUUGGAUGCUGGCCAUAACAUCAAAUGCAACUAAAGAUCAUCAAAAGAUUGAUUUUGCUGAGUACUAUCGAUCAUCAAAUUCGUAUCAGCUAAAUAGGGAACUUGUUAUUGCGCUAAGCAAACCAGCCCCGGAAUCCGAGGACCUUUACUUCCCCUCGAAUUACUCUCAAACUAUUUACACUCAAUUUAGAACUUGCAUCUGGAAGCAUUGGUGGACCUAUUGGAGAAGUCCUCACUACAAUUUUGUCAGACUCUUUUUCACCUUUGUAACUUCUCUAUUUCUGGGUAGCAUGUUUUGGAAGAUUGGCCAAAAAAGAGAUGAUGCAGAUGAUCUUAGAAUCACUAUUGGUUCCAUGAUUAUAUCAUCACAGUUUAUUGGUAUCACUAAUUGCUCAACUGUACAACCAGUUGUUUCGACUGAGAGAACCGUAUUUUAUCGCGAGAGAGGAGCAUCAAUGUACUCUGUUAUACCAUACGCCAUAGCUAAUGUGGUUGUAGAAAUCCCAUAUGUACUCUUCCAGAGCUUGCAGUUCACAGCUGUAGCAUACUCAAUGAUGAGUUUUGAAUGGUCUGCAGAGAAGUUCUUUUGGUUCUUUUUUAUCACUUUCUCCACGUAUUUGUACUUCACCUACUAUGGGAUGAUGACCGUGUCAAUUUCGCCUAAUCAUCAAGUGGCCGCCAUCAUUUCAUCUUCUUUUGUCUCAAUAUUCUCUCUUUUCUCAGGCUUUUACAUUCCCAAACCAAUGAUUGCAAAGGGGUGGAUUUGGUAUUACUGGAUUUGCCCGUUAGCAUGGACAGUUUACGGGCUAAUUGUGAGCCAAUUUGGUGAUGUGGAUGCAUUAAUCCCGGUGCCGGGGCAGGCCGACCAACCAAUUAAACUGUAUGUGAAGGAGCAUUUUGGUUAUGAUAGAGACUUCAUGGGUGUUGUGGGUGUGGUAUUAGUGAGCUUCUCUGUUUUUUUUGCUUUUGUAUUUGUUUUCUGCAUCCGGUCAUUGAAUUUCCAGCGAAGGUGAAGAGCAACAUUAAUUCUUUUCAAGUGAGUAUUGGAUUUCUUGUGGUUUGUA